UUUAUAAGAACACCCUAGUUCAGAGAGAGAGAGGAGAGAGAGAGAGAGAGAAGAAGGGUGGGAUGCGUGUGGGUUGUGUGUCUGGUUUUGGUAUUUGACUAAAAUUGGCUUCGUUCAGUUUCUUUCCAGUUUCUUACUCAUUCUCUUGCCUUUUUACUGAACAAGAACAAGAACAAGAAAGACAACAAUGGCACCCACUACCAUUCUCUUUCUCUGCUUCACCAUUCUCAGAACCCACAAUUCCAUUUGAUCAUUCAAUCCUAACAGAGCGAAACCCAAAACCCAGAGACCAAAAUCAACCGGAAUGGCCAAGACUGGCGUGUUUGAUUCUGAUCCGGCUAUGGUGGCCAAAGCCACAGAAUUGAAGAAGGAGCUGCAGAGGCUGGUGAGGGCUAUUGUUGACGACGAGGAUUUCAGCACCCAAACAAUCGAUCAGGCCAAAGACACUCUCUCGGCUCUCAAGGAAUUGAAGUUCAAAAAGAGAUCGCUGUCUCUGAAGCUGAAUGAUGUUCUUUCUUGCCCUGAAGAGUUUCGAUGUCCGCUUUCCAAGGAGUUGAUGAGAGACCCUGUGAUUGUUUCUACAGGCGAGACAUAUGAUAGACCAUUCAUCCAAAAAGGGCUAAAGGCGGGCAACAGGAUAUGCCCUCGAACCCAACAAGUACUCUCACACACAAUCCUUACUCCCAAUCACUUGGUUCGUGAAAUGAUAUCGCAAUGGUGUAAGAAUAGAGGGAUUGAAUUGUCGGAUCCUGUUCUCCUUGUCAAUGAGGAUGGUAUAACAGAAUCGGAACGAGACCAUUUUCUUUCUUUGCUCCAGAAGAUGUCUUCUGGAUUGCCUGAGCAGAAAGAAGCUGCAAAGGAGCUUCGGUCGUUGACAAAGAGGAUGCCUUCUUUCCGGGCACUUUUUGGUGAGUCUAUACAUGCCAUCCCUCAACUGCUCAGUCCACUAUCUGAAGGCAAGUUUGAAGAUGGUAUUCACCCGGAACUCCAAGAAGAUGUGAUCACAACGCUCUUGAAUCUUUCAAUCCAUGACAACAACAAGAAGCAUGUGGCAGAAAGUCCAAUGGUAAUUCCUUUACUAAUUGAAGCAUUGCAAUCAGGAACCAUUCAAACAAGGAGCAAUGCAGCAGCAGCCCUUUUCACUUUGUCAGCUCUGGAUUCCAACAAGGCACUUAUUGGGAAAUCCGGUGCCCUAAAACCCCUCAUCGCCCUCCUAGAUGAGGGGCAUCCAUUAGCUAUGAAAGAUGUUGCUUCUGCAAUUUUCAACCUAUGCAUCACCCAUGAGAACAAGGCAAGAGCUGUGAGAGAUGGGGCAGUGAGGACGAUUCUGAAGAAGAUAAGAAACCGUAUGCAUGUUGAUGAGUUGUUGGCCAUCCUUGCAAUGCUCUCAAGCCAUCCCAAGGCUGUGGAGGAAAUGGGAGAGCUUGGAGCCGUUCCUUGCUUGCUCCGUGUUAUCAGGGAGACCAAUUGCGGACGCAACAAGGAGAAUUGCAUUGCAGUCCUUCACACAAUCUGUUUAAACGAUCGAACCAAGUGGAAGGAAAUUCGGGAAGAAGAGAACACGUACGGAACAAUAUCUGAGCUUGCACAGAAUGGGACUUCAAGGUCUAAGAGGAAAGCUAGUGGCAUUCUUGAUAGACUGAACAGGACUGUAAAUCUCACACAUACUGCAUGAUGAGAUCUCCAUUGUGAGUAUAUUUUGUAAAUUCUUCACCUAUCAGUAUAGUACUCGGGCAUCAUGUGGUUAUCUCAAACCCUGUUUUGUAUGUUCUCUUUUUAUCUUCUAGAGUAUCAAUUUCAGGUUCAGAAGCUAGCCAUGAACUAAUAAAAAGCAAGCUAUGUAUCAUAUAUAUAUAUAUAUAUAUAUAUAAUUCUUUGUUUUC